AAGAAAUCAAACGGUCCACAAUUCACAGCCGCUCCUUUAUAUUCAUCCUAGACGGCGCUCGUCUCCUCUUUCUUCACCUUCAUCGCACCGCCUUGUUUCUCUCGCGAACUGUCGUUGGAGUUUUAGGGUUCGCGAUCCACACAGUUCCCCUUCCUUUGAUCAUCAUGGUUCUUCAAAACGACAUCGAUUUGCUCAACCCACCCGCCGAGCUUGAGAAGAGAAAGCACAAGCUCAAGCGUCUCGUACAAUCGCCCAACUCAUUCUUCAUGGACGUGAAAUGCCAGGGUUGCUUUAACAUAACCACUGUAUUCAGUCAUUCACAAACAGUUGUGGUAUGUGGGAAUUGCCAGACGGUCUUGUGCCAGCCAACUGGAGGGCGAGCUAAGCUAACAGAAGGGUGCUCCUUUAGAAGAAAGGGCGAUUAAUUCUUUGCCUCAGAAUUGGUUUGUAGUAGGAUAAGGAUGGGUGGGUUUGAAUUUUGAUAUUGCAAUUGAGCAUAUUUUGUCUUUGUCUCGGGUUUUCUUAUACAUUUUGGAUGUUGAUUAUUCAAUUUUGCUUGAGAAAGGAAGAGCAUUUUGUUUGUCACCCUGUUCCAGUACAAUGCAACUAAGUUAAUUUUUGAAGUAAUUUACAUCGAACUAUUUUGAUUUGCUUGCCA